AAGACAAGAUGGCCAAAAUGGAAAAAGUAGUUUAAAAGGCUUCGAAGAGGAUUCCAUAUGGAAUCCGGGUCGGAGCCCAUUCGGGUCCAACUCAAUAUUCGCCCCUAAAUUAAAAAAAAAAAAAAAGAGUGGGGAAGAACAUCCCUCUAUUUCCGACUUCUCAGUUCCCAGCUUACAGUUCAUUGCAAAGGAGAGGGAGAAAAAUAAAAUCGAAGGCUUUUACUUUUUGUUUGAUUUGUGUUUUUUUUUCCAGUGGGAUUUUGUCUAAGAAAUGAAAGGAGGAGGAAGGAAAAGGGUAGUACAGAGUGAGGAGGGAGGAGGGGGUGAGAAAGAGAAGAAAAGAGGAGGAACUAGUGAGCAAAUAGUUGAAAGUGAAGGACUUGGAGAGAAAAAGAAGGAAGAAGAAGGAGAAGAAGAAGAGGAAGAGGAAGAGGAAGAUGAAGAAGAAGAAGAAGAAGGAGAAGAAGAAGAAAAUAAUGAAGGCAAAGAAGAAGAAAGGACUAAGCUCGAUGAUGGGUUCUUUGAGAUUGAAGCUAUUCGCCGUAAAAGGGUUCGAAAGGGUCAGCUUCAGUAUCUCAUCAAAUGGCGUGGAUGGCCAGAAACUGCAAAUACAUGGGAGCCAUUGGAGAAUCUCCAGUCUUGUUCUGAUGUUAUAGAUGCAUUUGAGGAAAGCUUGCGUUCCGGGAAGCAGAAUCGAAAGCGCAAACGCAAGUAUGGUGGUCCUCAUACACAGUCCAAGAAGAAGCAGCCACGCUCCUCUGCUACUACAUAUAAUGCAACUGGUCUUGAAGUCAGUGUUGUUGAUAAGUCCCUAUCAUUGGUUCCUCUUGACAAUUCAGGUAUUGCUGAUCUUACUGCCUCAAGUCCAGUUACAGUGUCAGCACGAGAGGGAGAGACCAAUGGAAGUGCCAACAAUGUCAAAGUAGCCAACAGAGUUAAGGAGAAUGGGUCUGCUAAUAUUUCGAAACAAAUUGUUGAAUGGAAGGAUGAAAAUGAUUAUGAUACCAAGCUUAGUGAGCUAAAAGGAGCAAUAUCUUCCAAUGGGGUCAAUGCCGAUAAGCUUGCUAUGCGUUUCCAAGAAGGCAAGGCUUCUGAAAGUGAUGGCCUUGGCAAUGGGCUGCAAAAGGUUGAUCGUGGGGAAUCAGUUCACUGUGAUCGUCGCACAGGGGCUAAAAGAAGGAAGUCUGGUUCAGUGAAGAGGUUUAAACAAGAUCUAGCUUCCUCUGGAUCUAAUUUGACUCAAAAUGCAACACCAAAUAUCCAUGUUGGCUAUGGAAUUGCAGAUGCACUGAUAGGAAUUGAAGGUCUUGGUUUAACAGCAGAUGGUUUGAGUCAUAGGCCCCAGAUUGAUAAUUCCGUAAAUGUGCCUGUCAUAACCAAGAUCCUCAAGCCUGUAGGGUUUUCAGCUUCUGUAGCAGAUAACAUUCAAGAUGUGGCAGUAACUUUUUUGGCAAUCAGGUCUGAUGGGAAAGAGGUUAUGGUGGACAACAGAUAUCUUAAAGCUAACAAUCCACUUCUGUUGAUCAACUUCUACGAGCAACAUCUCAAGUAUAGCCCUACAUCUUGAUCACUGAGGCUUAGUUAGAGUGUUGGAGUAGCUGGAGCUAGCCAUAUUUGUUUUGUUUGUAUACAGUGUUGUAAAUCUAGUUGCAGGAGAUAAAGCAGGAUAGCGAGUGCUGUCUCAGUUUCGUAGUGCCAGGCUGAGUGAUGUAGCGGUAGCUCCUCUUUCUCUCUCUCUAUGUAUGAUUAGAUAUGCAUCAGCCUACCAUUAGUGUGUGUCCAUUGGAUAUUUAACAUCCAUAGCAAAAAAGAAAAAUGGGAUAUUUAAUGUGGCUAGAAGUAACAUGAAACUUUUGUCUUA